AUGGACCCGCAUGAGAAAGAGGUAGCACAAUCAUGUCACUCAUCUUCGAACGAAGAAAAAAGUACCGGUGAAAAUAACACCGACAUCGAAAACCAGAACACACCCCCAGCACCAACCCAAGACCUUUUCCCAGAAACAGAUCUAGAUCGCGGCAUCGUUGGUUGGGAGGGACAAGAUGAUCCUAAGAAUCCACAGAACUUCCCCUCGAGCAAGAAGUGGGCGUUGCUAGGCCUAGUCAGUGCAAUGACUUUGAUCUCGCCCCUUGCCUCCAGCAUGUUCUCGCCCGCUAUCACCUUCAUGGCGGCGGAGUUCAAGGAAACCAACGAGACGAUCCUCUCCUUCAGUGUCAGCAUCUAUCUGCUUGGAUACACAUUUGGUCCCCUCUUACUUGCCCCUCUCAGUGAAAUCUACGGCCGUCGUGUGGUUCUCAGCGGCGCAAAUUGGUUCUUCGUGGUCUGGCAGAUUGGCUGCGCUCUCGCACAGAAUAUCGAAACACUCAUCGUAUGUCGUCUUUUUGCUGGAAUCGGAGGAUCAGGAUGCCUCACGCUAGGCGCCGGUGUGAUUGCAGACCUUUUCCCGCGUGAGCAGCGCGGCAUGGCAACUUCCAUCUGGGCCAUGGGACCACUUGUCGGUCCAGUGGUUGGUCCCAUCGCUGGUGGAUUCCUUGGCGAGGAGGCAGGCUGGAGAUGGGUGUUUUGGCUUCUUCUUAUUGCUGGUGGGGUAAUGGCGUUUGGAAUGGAGAUUCUCAACCAGGAGACUUAUGCGGCCGUUUUGAUCCGUUGGAAGACUGAAAAGCUGGCGAAAGAGACCGGGAGAACUGACCUGAAGAGUGCCUAUGAAGUCGGUAAAGAGUCGGCUUCGCCUAAACAGGUCCUUGCGCAAGGUCUCAAGAGACCCUUCUUGCUAUUUUGCAAGUCACCGAUUGUGCUACUCCUUUCUCUUUAUAUGUCUCUCAUUUACGGUCUCCUUUAUCUCUUCUUCACGACGAUUUCGGAUGUUUUCACCAGCCAGUAUGGUUUCUCAGUGGGCCUUUCAGGCCUAGCAUACCUUGGGAUUGGAUUUGGGUUCAUGGCAGGACUCGCCUUCAUUGCUUUGACCAGUGACCGAGUUGUUGUGAGACUCACCAGACAAAACGGCGGGAAGUUCGAACCUGAGAUGCGUCUUCCAAUGAUGAUCUUCUUCUCUUGCAUUAUUCCGAUCAGUUUCUUCUGGUACGGCUGGACAGCCGACAAGCACGUUUUCUGGAUCGUGCCAAUCAUUGGAAUGUUUCCCUUUGGGCUGGGUAUGAUGGGCGUGUAUAUGCCGAUUCAAACUUAUGUCAUUGACUGCUAUCCGGCAUAUGCGGCAUCUGCAAAUGCCACAUUGACGGCGACGCGGUCAUUGGUUGGUGCUUUACUUCCUCUGGCUGGGCCCAAGAUGUUCGAGACUUUGGGUCUCGGCUGGGGUAACUCUUUGCUUGGAUUUGUGGCACUGGCAUUUAUCCCGGUUCCUAUCAUUUUCACCAAGUAUGGAAAGACCAUUCGCGAAAAAUGGCCGGUGAAUCUUUAG